AGUGCGGGACACUCGUGGGUAAAAUUUUCAGAUAUCUGACGUCUUUUUCAGCAUUAUACUUUGUACAUUAUUCGCUUCUGCCGCGCGUAAAAACGGAGUGGUGCGCAGCACGCACACGGUUUCCUCCGGGACUUCGAAACAAAAAGCGUGAUGGAAAAUUUGACAGCAGCUCCGGGUGUGAACAGGACUUUGGGGAUUUGGACGGACUACAGCAUUCAGUACAAAGUCAUAAGUAGUUUGGUGCUUUUUGUGAUCUGCGCUUUGGGCAUCGUUGGGAACGUGAUGGUCAUCCUGGUGGUGCUGACGACCAAACACAUGAGGACACCGACCAACUGCUACCUGGUCAGCCUGGCUGUGGCUGAUCUCAUGGUCCUGACCGCGGCGGGUCUGCCCACCAUCGUGGACAGUGUCUUUGUCUCGUGGCUGUUCGGCCGCUACGGCUGUCUGUGCAUCACCUACUUCCAGUACCUCGGGAUCAACGCGUCGUCCUGCUCCAUAACCGCAUUCACCAUCGAACGAUACAUCGCCAUUUGUCACCCGAUCAAAGCCCAGUUUCUAUGCACGCUGUCCAGAGCCAAAAAGAUCAUUUUGUCCGUGUGGGUUUUCACCUCUCUGUACUGCAUCAUGUGGUUCUACCUGUCAGACACACAGGAGCUGAUCUACGAGAACCUCACCGUCGUCACCUGCGGCUACAGAGUCUCCAGGAAGUUUUAUUUGCCCAUUUACUUUUUCGAUUUCGGCGUCUUUUUUGUGCUGCCGUUGCUGCUCUCUGCUGUUCUCUACGGGCUGAUCGCCAGAAUCCUCUUCCUCAACCCGCUGCCCUCGGACCCAAAAAGCAAGAGGAAGAACGGACACAACCACCCCGCCGUCAUCAAAACCAGCAGGCACUCCAGCUCCACGGCCACGUCCCGCAGACAGGUGACCAAGAUGCUGGCUGUAGUGGUGAUCCUGUUCGCCAUGCUCUGGAUGCCGUACCGCACCUUGGUGGUGGUCAACUCCUUUCUGGACCAGGCCUACUUGGACAACUGGUUUUUGCUUUUCUGCCGCAGCUGCAUCUACCUGAACAGUGCCAUCAAUCCAGUUAUCUACAACGCCAUGUCUCAGAAGUUCCGCGCUGCUUUCCGCAAGGUCUGCCGCUGUGGCCGGAAGGGUUCUGACAAGCCCACCACUUACAGUGUGGCGCUCACCUACAGUGUGGUCAAGGAUACAUCUAUGGUGGAGAGCACAGACCACUUCACAACGGAGCUGGAGGAACUCACGGUCACAGAUGAACUGCUGUCUGAGCACAAAGCCAUGUUCUCAGACACGUGCAUCUACGGGAAAGUGGUAUCCAGUGAGGCCUGAGAGACCGCGUGGGAAAGAGUCUGCAUUACA